UUUGGAGGUCACGUGACUGGAGCGGCGGCGCCUACACACAGGAGAAAGGGGGAAGAGCCGUGUGACAGUCACCGGUGGGAGAGAAGCGAACUGUGAAUUCCUUGUCUGAUCGCCGCUGUAUCUCCUCGGUUCCAUUCUUCGUAAGGCCUCCCCCUUGGCAAGUUAAGCCGGCACCGUUAUCCAAAGCAUCCUCCUCAACUGCCUUGUGUGGUCUGUGCCCGCCGCUCUUAAGCACUCUCCUCUGUAAAGCGUGUAAAGGAAAGGGAGGGAAGUUCCAGCCAUGGGUCUGCUGUCUCACGGGUCACCGCUCAGCUGGGAAGAGACUAAGAAGUACGCCGACCAUGUCCGGCAGCACGGCAUCAUCCAGUUCCUCAACAUCUACCAUAAAGUGAAAGAGCGCCAGAAGGACGUUCUCAAGUGGGGGGAUGAGGUGGAGUACAUGUUAGUCUCUUUUGAUCAUGAACACCAAAAAGUACGUUUAGUACUAAAAGGAGAGGAAAUGCUUGAUACUCUGCAAGACAGAGGAGAAAAAACAAAUCCUAACCACCCAACACUUUGGAGACCAGAAUAUGGCAGCUACAUGAUUGAAGGCACACCAGGUCAACCUUAUGGUGGAACUAUGUCUGAAUUUAACACCGUGGAAGAUAAUAUGCGUAAAAGGCGCCUCGAAGCCUCCUCUUUACUGACAGAAAAUACUUCAAUCAGUACAAUCACAUCUUUCCCAAGACUUGGAUGUCCAGGCUUUACAUUACCAGAAUUUCAGCCGACGCCAGUGGAGAAGGGAGCUUCCAAGUCCCUUUUCUUCCCUGAUGAAGCAAUCAACAAACACCCUAGAUUUAGUACUUUGACAAGAAAUAUUCGACAUCGGCGAGGAGAGAAGGUGGCUAUCAACGUACCAAUUUUUAAAGACCGGAACACACUAUCUCCAUUUAUUGAAAGGUUUUCCAAUGAUAGUGGAGAUGGUGCCAAGGCGGCACUGCCAAAUCAUAUAUACAUGGAUGCAAUGGGAUUUGGUAUGGGCAACUGUUGUCUCCAGGUUACUUUCCAAGCUUGUAGCAUUUCCGAAGCCAGAUAUCUUUAUGACCAGUUGGCUACAAUAUGUCCGAUUGUGAUGGCAUUAAGCGCUGCAGCUCCAUUUUACAGAGGAUAUGUGUCUGAUAUAGAUUGCCGUUGGGGUGUCAUCUCUGCAUCUGUUGACGACCGUACUAAAGAAGAAAGAGGACUGGAGCCUCUGAAGAAUGACAAGUAUCGAAUAAGUAAAUCUCGUUAUGAUUCAAUAGACAGUUACCUAUCCAAAUGUGGAGAAAAGUACAAUGAUAUUGACUUGACUAUAGAUAAUGAGAUCUACAAACAGCUAACAAAAGAAGGAAUCGAUCAUCUAUUAGCCCAACACAUUGCACAUCUUUUUAUUAGAGAUCCUUUGACGUUAUUUGAGGAAAAAAUACACCUGGAUGAUGCAAAUGAGUCAGACCAUUUUGAGAACAUUCAGUCAACAAACUGGCAAACCAUGCGAUUUAAGCCGCCUCCACCAAAUUCUGAUAUUGGCUGGAGAGUGGAGUUUCGCCCAAUGGAGGUCCAAUUAACAGACUUUGAAAACUCUGCUUAUGUUGUGUUUGUUGUACUCCUGACCAGAGUAAUUCUUUCCUACAAGUUGGAUUUCCUUAUCCCUUUGUCAAAGGUCGAUGAAAAUAUGAAGGUGGCACAGAAAAGAGAUGCCGUGCGACAGGGAAUGUUCUACUUCAAGAAGGAUAUUUGUAAAGUUGGCAAUCCAGUUGUUGACAGCUGUUGUACAGCAUACAAUGGCACGGAAACAGACCCUGAAGAAUAUACUCUAAUGAGCAUUGAUACAAUCAUUAACGGAAAGGAGGGUGUAUUUCCUGGAUUACUUCCUAUCCUUAACUCGUACCUUGAAAACAUGGAAGUGGAUGUGGAUACCCGCUGUACCAUCUUAAACUAUCUUAAGCUUAUUAAGAAAAGAGCUUCAGGGGAGCUGAUGACUGUGGCAAGGUGGAUGAGAGAAUUUGUCUCCAACCAUCCAGACUACAAGCAAGAUAGUGUUAUUACCGACAAAAUUAAUUAUGAUCUUUUGGUAAAAUGCAACCAAAUCUCAAAUGACAUGACAGGCUGCCCAGAGCUGCUUGGGUUUACCGUCAGUAAGGUGAAGACGAGUGGCUCUAAGAUAGUGUCUUCGUGAUGUGCUCUGUAUAGUAGGCACUUAUGAUUUAAAAACCGUACUGCAUUGUUUUGGUAAAAUGACCAAACAGAAGCUGCGCUAUGAUAAAAGACCGUAUGUCUUCACGCAGUGGUGACUUCUGAAAUUAACCCAUUACUAUUCUUGAACCUUAUACAUUGUAUAUGUAAAUAGUAAACUAAACUAUUUUUAUGACUAACCUUGUAAUCUAAUAACAUUGUAUCAAGUUACUGUGAAAUCAACCUUUUUAUGUAUACCCCAGGAAAUAAUUGUAUAAAUGCCCUUCUCAGUAUGGUACCAGGAUUUAUAUUUAAGAUUUUUAACCCUUUGUUCAUUUGCUUAUUUACUAAUGAAUGUAUUAGACAGGCAUUGCAAAAACCAGUUGCCUCGACAAACCUAUAUACUUGAUUUUAAGAGUGUACGAAAAAAAUAUCUUGGCCAGCUCCUUGGCAUAGCAUGUGUCUGUCACUUCUUCACAAGCCCAAAAUGUAGCAGUCAGCAGAAAGAUGUCUGUGCUGAAGUAAGCAUAUUUGCCUACUGGUGCACUGGUAUUGCCCAAGGGAGGUUAGACCUGCAUUCCAUCUGUUAUCACAUUGUUUUAUUCCCACAAUAAUGUUUUUAGCACACUGCAUGUCUGCCUAUUUUAGGCUUAGCCCAUCAAAUCUUCAAAAUUCCAGACGUUCUACAAAUGUAGAAGUGUAAACCAAUUAUCUGUGCUGCUGUGGGGGCUAAUACGUUCUAUAAAUCAAUUUAAUCUGUGCUACGUGUUUAGAAAGCCCUGCAUAUCUAUCGUGUGUAGAUUGUCAUCUGCAUUAAUAGAUGUGAUGCAAUACUGUUCCUGUGUUUGAAAUCCUCUGUUGAAAUGCGCACUCUGUGUCCGCUUAGAAUUUUGUAGUAUUUGAGAAAUUGCAGCCGCUCUUUGGACUGAACCCGUCUAUGAAGAAUUACAUAUUUAACUAUAUAAUCUGCUUUAGCUGGGUAGGUAUAACUGAUGCAAGGUGUGCUAUAAAAAUGCAUUGGGCAUAAGUUCUUGGGAACAAAUAUUGUGUGGUUAAUGUCAUACAGCACUGUUUUAAUAUGUGUACAUUAAAAAUGUAUAGCUGGUACCUGCUGGUUUUUGAGGGAGGAAAUAAAAUUUCAAUAGAAAA